AUGGCGACCAAGAAGCCAAGUGGGUUUUGCAACGAUGUUAACACAUUUUUGUGGUAAGUUGACAUACACACAAAACCUCUAAAGCGUCGGUAGUUGGAUGAAAAUAAUUUUAAAUCAGUCCUACGUUGGCUCUACGUUUAUACUCCUAGUAUAUGCAUGUAAUUAUGCCGGCCCUGGCUAACUUUCGCUCCGGCGCGAAGCAUCUUGCCUUUGCAAAAGGCUUGCGUUUAAAAAUUUUAAAAAAGAAGACUUAAAUAUUGUUUAGCCUCGGAUAGAAAAAAAAAUUAGACUUUAUUUCCUACCAAAAGUAGGAAACUCGCCUCAUACUAGAUAUUUAUACACAUUUACCUGAAGUAUAUAGCUAUCAGUUCUGCCUCCAAGCUGCAUGUAGAUGUCUUUUGGUUUUUUACUAAUACUCACACCAUCCCAAAUCGCUUUUUCAAAGCUGAAUAAAAGCAUGCCGUUUAAUAAUAUUCACACAAGAAUAUAAAUGCCCAAUCAAUUUAAGCAUCAAACAUGUAUAAAGAUUCCACUGAAAAAUGCCUUUCCAUCGGCGUACUUGUGCAUUGAAAAAAACAUUCAACAAAAGGUCCAAACGUUUUUACAAUCCAUUUUUUCACAAACGGUUAACCUAAACAAAAGAAAAAAGUUAAGAUUAAACUUAAAAAACCCACACAAUGCUGAUAUAAAGAAGUUAUUUUUGCAAGUCAAUGAUCGAAUCCAUGAAACUUUAAAAAACAUGACUAAAAUAUCUUUAAACAAGAAAAGUAUUCGUAAAAACAACAACAAUCGAUCUUACCCUAUCACCUUUGUAGUUUGUAAUGUUUUUCAACCCGAAAAUAAUCGUUUCAUUUCAAAAAAAUCUCCAAAAGUCGAACAACUGUAAAAAGCUUGAAAGCGUGCUUCCCAAUAGUUCAAAAAGAAUGCUCAGUUCGAUAUGCGCACGCAUGUGUCAUAAUUAAUAUUCAAUUUUUGCACUUCUGGAACAUAUGAAUUAUCUGUCAUAGUCUAUUUGCCUUGGAAUGCCGCGAACACAAAAAUCAAAAGCUUUUCCCCACAUUUUUCUAUUAAUUAUUACAAAAUAAAAAAACAAGAUUAGCAUGUUGCUGUCAUCUGCAGAACAUUUUGUACCUCGACCUAACCCCCCCUCCCCCCCCCCCUUGAUGGUGAUUGAGUACCUACCAAAUUUGGAGAUAUUUUGUUCUACUUAAAUACCAACUUGAUUAGCCGUAUGUCAAUGUUUCAUGAACACAGAUUUAUGUGCUAUAUGCAUAUCCCUUUACAAGUGCCGACAGCAGGUGACUAAUUUACGGUAAUAAGUAAUUUUCAUAUACCUUUUUUUCAGGAUAAUUUCGAACUAUAAGUAUUGCAUAAAUGAGAUUGUGCCUAUAAAUGAUAUAUUGGAUGCCGCUUUAGAGGAAGAAGUAAAUUUGAACGCGAUCUCGUUAGGAAUGCUAAUUCAAGAUGUUUGGGAAGGAAAAGUAAAAAAACAAAAGAGGGAUCACGGUUCCAGGUUUUUAAACUUAAAGAAGCGUUCGAUGAACGGAAUACAUAGAAAUAAUACCACAAUUCACAAACUAAACGAUACAACAAUUGAAAACAUCCGUUUACUUUGUGGUGAUCGACCUGGUUGGAUUCUCAAUUCCUCCCUCGCCUCCACGAAAUCAGUUACAUUGACGCAUCUUCUAAAUCCUGAUCGUAAUGAAGGCGUCACUAUUGAUGGGCACCAUCUUACAUUGGAACUGAAAAUAGAUAUGACAACAACACCCACAAUCACCAUCAGCACAUGUGGUAAAGAAGUAUCCCUUAGCCAAAUCAAAGGAGUAAGUAUUACCAAAAUUACUCUACAGUCAAUAGACGAGGCAAUUUGUCUUCUCGAAAAUGCAUCGCCAUGCAUAGGACAUGCCAUAUGCUCCGACGAUGAAAGUGAAUAUCUUAAAUUGGAAGUCGCAGGAUCAAAUGCUGUGACCGUCAGAUCAGAAAAUUUGGAAUGUCACAAGAGAUUAGUUUCCACAUCCUGCUUGUUAUUUCGAUUUCGUAGCAAAUCGUGUAACAAUUGUUUGUAUAUCGCAAAGCUCUAUCGAAAUAGAUCCAAUAAACGAAAUUUGGCAUCAUCAUCCACCCACUACUUUCCACCCGAAAAGUGUAAUUUACGAUUCCUGGAUCAAGAAGGUCUUGAAAGAAAGAUUAAAAUGCAACGACAAAUUCUAAAGAACGAGUCGAAGAGGGAAUCUCGAAAUGAAAUAGAAUUGAUCGAGUUGAUAGAGGAAGAUAACUCGGAUCUAAUGGAAAUCGUAGAAUCCACUAAUAUAGCAGAUGUUCCACCCAACCUUAAACUGCUUUGGGAACAACAAAUGAAGCAGCUGUCUAUGAAAUCCUCAAAUGGUUACAGAUGGGACCCAAGGUGCUGAUGGCUAUUUAUUGUUAAAAUGGUGGCACUUAAUAUUUAGUAAGAAUUAAUUGUAUAAAAAAAAUGUUCUUAUAAAAUUGCUAACAUAAUAUUUUUCGUUUAAAAUUUGCUAUAGGAUCAUACGAUUCGUUCUGGAUGUUUAUUGUAAGAAUCCUAAAGCAUUGGGUGCAAUGCGUGAGUUCCUUGUUCUUCCAAGCAAUCGUUUGAUUAGGUUUGUGUAGCCUGUGAUUAUGCAUUUCAAUUCAAAAAAUAUAUGCUGAGUCCGAGAUAAAUAAUUUAUUUUGCAGAUAUUAUAAAAACUCUGUUAGCCAAGAAGAAGGGUGGAAUGAGGAAGUAAUUUCCUGGUGCGUGAAAGAAGCGAAGCGGCAAAAUCUUAGACCAGAAGAAUAUUGGGGCGGACUUAUUUUGGAUGAAAUGAAAAUUCAGGUACACACAUGCAUUUUAAUACGCGGUUAAGAAAAUGAUCAUUGUUUAAUAGAGACCUUAAGAUUGACGUUUACGGCAAACGUCAAACCGCUAGCGAAGUUUUUGAUUUUACAACUCUAUUAUAAUAGCUUUUACACCAGUUUUGAAAUAUGUUAAAUUUAUUAAACUUGUGCUCUUUAGCAAUGAUUUAAGAAAGCUAAUUAACCACUAGUCAUGCCAUUCACCAAAGCAGCAAAUUAAGAUUUGGCGUUUGAAGUUGGCGUUUGGCGUAUAGAUUUCAUGCUUGAACUGCUACGAGGGCUUGUAGUCGUUAAAGCAUGAAAUUUAUACUUCAAACGUCAACUUCAAACGCCAAAUCUUAAUUUACUGCUUUGGUGAAUGGCGUGACUAGUGGUUAAUUUUCUUUCUUAAAUCAUUGCUAAAGAGCAGAAGUUUAAUCAGUUUAACAUAUUUCAAAACUGGUGUAAAAGCUACAAUAAUAGAGCUGUAAAAUCAAAAACUUCGCUAGCGGUUUGACGUUUGCCGUAAACGUCAAUCUUAAGGUCUCUAAUAUUCUCAAACUACUGUACAAAUGAUAGUAACUGACUGUAAGGGAUUCAAAAUAAAAACACUACAAUUUUUUUAUAUAUUAGGAAGAUCUUCAAAUGACUGUAAAAGGAGGAAAGCAUCAGCUAACAGGAAUGGUAUCACUUGGAGGAUUUUACAACAGCAUGAAAAAGAUCGAGUCGCGUACGUAAGUCAAAGUAAUCCUCUACUUUGAAUAUACAUCAUCCAAAUAUGAUAUUAUUUUCUUUUAUAGAAGACAAUUCUAAAGUUUCGAUAGCAACGCAUCUAGUGCAAUUUGUGUUUCUCAGUGAUGGUGGGUCUCGAUUUCCAAUCGCUCAUUUCCCAACAGCUCAAUGUCCAGCAUCAGUGUUAUAUCUGAAGUUUUGGGAAGGCGUAUUACAGAUGAGAAGAGCAGGAUUUACGUAGGGCCUUUAAUUUGUUCGUAAUCAGAAAUGCCUAAACACUUACAUUAAUGUGAAUGUUUAGUUGUAAAACAGUAUAUUAUACUUUUGUCUAGAAUCUACUUUGCUUUAUGUGACGGGGGAGAUGCUAACAGGCAGUUUUUCAAAAUGUAUUUUUCUAACUGUCAUCCUUGCGAUUUGCAUUUCAUUGGAUACAAUAUGAUGACUGAGGAUCCAAUGGUAUUCAUAAUGGAUUGUAAGGUAUUAGCAUUCACAUUUUUCACAUUUUUACAGCACAAUUUCGGGAGAGGAGAGAAAUUUAAAACAGUAUUCUGUUGUGUGACAAAUAUAAUUAGCUGCGUAUACGUUUUACGUCUAAAUAAGUGAGAUGUAUGUUUUACUUCUACUUGAAGCCCAUCCUUCGUAAGGAGCCGAAUAAAGUCAUUCUACACGUAGGAACUAACGAUUUAAAACAUCUAUCUGCUAAGAGAGUGGCUGAAGGGAUUGCAAAUCUCGCAACCCAAAUCGAAGAAGAUUCCCCAGCAACCAGCAUUGUGAUCUCUAGUAUAUUACCACGAUCAGAUAAAUCUGAACUAUCGGCAAAAGCAACAGAAGCUAACAAGCUUAUUAAAGCAAUAUGCUCUAAAAAUCAAUGGGCAUUUAUUGAUCAUAAAUCGGUUAAUUUGUCUUGUCUAAACACAAGGGAAUUGCACCUUAAUCGUAAAGGAACUUCUAUUGUAGCAAAGAACAUUUCUAAGUACAUUAAUUCCUGUUAG